AUGACAGCAAAUGAAGAAACUUAUCUCAGACUUCAUGUGGGAAUUAUUGGUGGUGGUGCUAGCGGUUUAGUAACGUGUAAAGAAUUACUAGAAGAAGGUCAUACAUGUAUGAUAUUUGAAAAAUAUGAUUCAAUUGGUGGUCUAUUUUCUCACAGUGGUUAUGAAGAUGGUAUGAUGGUAUCGAGUAAUCUUAUCACAAUGUUUAGUGAUUAUGUUGGCAAUGAUGAAGAUAUAUUAGAAAAGCCAAGAAUGUUUUCAUUUUUAGAAUAUGCUCAAUAUUUAAAUGAUUAUGCUAAACAUUUUAAUUUAUUACCAUAUAUUCAAUAUCAGACAUUUGUUCAAUCAAUAUGGAAAGAUAUUGAAUUAAAUAAAUGGAAAAUGUAUGUUAAAGAUGAUAAAAAUGAGUAUACAAUUUAUAUAUUUGAUCGUAUUGCAAUAUGUUGUGGAACACAUCAAUCAACAAAUAAACCAAUAUUUAAAAAUCAAGAAAAAUUUCAAGGUAAAAUAAAACAUUCACAUGAUAUUAAAAUAUUUGAUAAAGAAUUUUCAAAUAAACGCGUAUGUAUUGUGGGGAGUGGUGAAUCCGGUAGUGAUAUGAUCUUAGCUGCAAGUAAAUACAGUAAAAAAUGUUAUUUAUCAAUACGUCAUGAUCAUGGUUUUAUUAUACCACGUUAUAUUUAUGGUAAAUAUGGUCCAGGUGAUUUAGAUACAACACGUGUACAUCAUUCAAUUCCUCGUGCUUGGGGAAUAUUUCAUACAUAUAUUGAUAUGUGGAAUAGUCUUUUAAAAUUAUAUAUUAAAUAUUUAUUUAUUAAUAAAUGUAAAUUUAGUCAAGAUGAUAUAAUUCGUCAAAUGGGUAUUCAAAUGAAUUUACAACAAAUUAAAACAAGUAAUCUAUGGAAUACAUUUGGUACAAAAAAUUCAAAUUUAGUUAAAGCAUUAAUUAAUUAUGAUUCAAAAUGUCAACGAAAACCUGGUAUAUAUGAAUUAACAUCAAAUUCAAUUAUUUUUAAUGAUAAUUCAAUUGAAGAAAUAGAUGAAAUUAUUUGUUGUUCAGGAUAUAAAAGUUCAUUUGAUUUUUUAAAACAAUCAAAUAAUGAUAAAUUAAUACGUAUUGCAAAUGAAGCAUGUAUUUCACAUAAUUUAUAUAAACAUUGUUUUCAUCCUGAUAUUGAAAAUGGUGAACUUAUUUGGAUUGGUUUUACUCGACCAUGUUUUGGUGCUAUACCACCAUUAGCUGAAUUACAAGCACGUUGGUUUGCAUUAUUAUGUUCAAAUAAAUUAAAAUUACCUAAUAGAGAAAUACAAUUAAAUCAAAUAGAAAAAUAUGUUAAAUAUUUAAAAUGGCAAUUAACAUCUUAUCGUACAGAACGUAUAACAAGUUUAACAGAUUUUUUAUUAUAUUCUGAUGAUAUAUCACGAAUAAUAAAUUGUCGUCCAAAUUUUAUAAAAAUAUUUUUUACUGAUUUAAAAUUAUGGUUAAAAUUAAUGUGUGGUCCAUUAAUGAAUGCACAUUAUCGUUUAACUGGACCACAUUCAAAACGAAAACAAGCUCGAAAUAUUAUAUUAAAAGCAAAAUGGAUUAAACAAUCAAAUCUUUUAUAUUUAACUAUGCUUUUAAUUUAUUCAUUCUUUUGGUUUGUAUUCGGAAUUGAAUCAUGUAAACCCAAUGGAUGGUAUCAAUUGUAA